AUGGUCAUGUUCAGCAAGUAUUUGGUAUUGAUUUAUGGCCUGAAUGGAAGCGGAAAGGACGAAUUCAUUGAGAAUGUCAUCAGUGUUUUUGAACCUGAAAAGUAAGACGAAAUAGACUAAGAUUUACGUUUACAAUAUAUAAAAUGGCAAUAACUUUCUAUACCGUGUAACAGUGACAUAAUUGUUUUUAGGUAUUAGGAUUAGGCUUAGCAGGCACAGACUUAGCAGGUUUAGAAUUAGUAGGCUUAGCAGUUUGAGGCAUAGUGUGUAGAGGUAAACAGUCUUAGGCUAGACGUCUUAGCUAGCUGAGGAAUAGUUGGCUUAGGCUUAGUAUGCUUAGGCUUAGUAGGCUUAGGCUUAGAAGGCUUAGGCUUAGUAGGCUUAGGCUUAGUCGGCGUAGACUUAGUAUGUUUAGACUUAGUAGGCUUAGGCUUAGUAGGCUUAGGAUUUUUGAACCAAAAUUGUAUAGGCUUACGCUUGCUGUAGUUAAUCUUAUAUUAAAAACGUCUUUUCUUCUUCAGAUGGGAUAUUCAUUACCUAAACUUGUCAAGUGAACUAAACCCAAUUGAUUUUUACAACACUAUUAUGAGCUGCAACUUGGUCAGGUAUGUCAAUUUACAAAAGCUAUUUUAAAAAUGGCAAAAACUUUCUUUACAAACCUAAAAAUGGCAAGAACUUUAAAGACAAAGUGGCAAGGACUUUCUUUACAAAGAAAAGUGAUUUUCAGAAUGGGACCAAACCACUAUACUGGAGCAGGCGACAAAUCAGUACUAAUCGUACUACAAGGUUUUGAACGUUUACCGGUCGUUUCCAAUAACAGUGUCAUUGAGUUCCUUCGUUCACUGUUCGACAUGGGCAGAGUUGUCAAUCCUCAAAAGGAGACUACUAGAUUCACUUCUGUCUACUUUUUGGUCGAUUUUAGCACCGAAAUCAUUGGGCCUCAGAAUCUACCGAUUCCUGAACGAUUGCGACGGCAUGUCUUUCCUGUGCUUUGUCAUCAAACAGUAAGGGAGUUUAUAUUUAAUUUUUUUAAGGGGGAGGGGGGUGUGAUGGUGUGGGGUCGAAUUUAAAAUGUUUGUUUGGGGGGAGGGGUGGGGUAAGAAAAGGCUUGUGGAUGAUAAAGAAGGGCUACGGUAGGACAAGUUACUGGGUAGAGCUAAAGAAGGACAAUAGUGAGUCAAUCAGGGCAGUACACGGUCGGGUAUGGUACGAUAAUGUAGAUUGAGGUAGGGUAGGGUAAGAGAGCGCAAAAUAAAAAAUGUUAAGGUCGGGUGAUACAGGGUAGGGCAGAGCAGCAUAAAGUAUGGUUAGAGUAGGACAGUGCAUGUAAUGGCUAGAUAUGGAAGGUUAAGAGACGAUAGGGUAGGGUAUGGAAGGAUAGGGUACGAUCGGAUAAGGUUGAGUUACAGUAUGGCUACUGUGAGCCUAGGGCAAACAACGAAUGAUAGGAUUCGUUUAUUAUUAAAGCUUACUGCAAUGUAAAGUUCGGCGUAUUGUAUUUUUGGGCGGGCUAAGGUUAGGUAGGGUAAAGUAGGGUAGCGUAGGGUAGGGUGGAGUAUUGAAUUUUAAAGCAAGAUUUUACUUUACAGAACAAGACCCUUCCCUACGAAGUCGGCUAUAAUUUUCUUCAAGUCUACAGCCAAGACCCAUUACUAAUAAAAUCAGAAGAAGCACACGAUGAAGAACAUAAACAUGACAAAGACCCUCAAACGCACUCAGAUGAAGACCAAGAAAAGGCCUUUAAAGACUGCUUAAUGCGAGAGUUAGUAACAGCCAUAACCGACAUUCCAGUACCAAUAGUACCACUAUGUCACAAACUGAUGACAUGCCUCGAAGACCUAAUUGAUGAGGACAUCUUCAACAACCAAGAGCUACAUCCAUUCACUUUACUACAGCUUCCAGACGACGAACAACCAUUGGUUUACGAUUAUAUUACACUAGAGGGAAAGAUAGCCGAAUAUUUGGAGAAAAAAGGAAAAACCGAGGUAUUGCAUAGUUACCUAAUACGACAGUUUGGCUUUCUGUACAAGAUAGUACAGUUGAACAAGGAUGGACAUUGCAUUUUGAUCGGCGAACCCGAGAAUGAACCAGCCAAGAUGGUGGAGCUGGUCGCUGAUGUAUCAGAUGUCUAUUUGGAAGCACCACCAGCUCAAAUGACCGAGAUUUAUUGGAAAGAAACGGUUGUUAAGGUAAGUUUGAAGUUUUUUAUAUUCUUGUUAAAUUUUUAAAAUUUUUGCAUUUUGAAUGGUGCAGUCAAAUUUUAUUCUUUGCGUGGUGCAAUCUUUUUUAAUAAUUUUGCACAUUGCAGUCUUAUUUUUAUGAUUGCUCGAUGCGUCUUAUUUUAUUUUUUGUACCGUGCAAUCUUAUUUAAUAUUUUUCUGCACGGUGCAGUCUUAUUUCUUUUUUUUGCACGGUGCAGUCUGAUCUCAUGUUUUGCACGGUGCAGUCUUAUUUCAUUUUUUGCACAGUGCAAUCUUUUUUCAUAAUUUUGCACAGUGCAGUUUAAUUUCAUUUUCGCACUGUGCAGUCUUAUUUAUUAAGUUUGCACAGUGCAGUCUUAUUUUAUUUUUUUCUGCACGGUGCAGCCUUAUUUUUUGUGAUUGCACGGUGCAGUCUUCUUUUAAUAACGGUUUUUUUUGCACAGUGCAAUAUUAUUUUAUAUUUGGUUUUAUUUUUUCUUCACGGCGACCAGUGACGACACUUAAUUUAACAAAAAGUUUGAUGUGUUAAAAUGGCAAGAACUUUCUUUACAGAGCAAAAAAUGUCAACAACUUUUUUUACAAAACAAAGAUUGACAAAAACUUGUUUUACAAAACAAAAAUUAUAAUAACUUUCUUUACAGUACAAAAAAUAUUUGUAGGUAAUCCACAUGUGUACGAAAGAGAACCGAAAAGUCAUUUUACAUGUCACAGAUGACAUGCCAUCACACGACUGUCUCCAACAUGUUCUUCAUGAUCUUACCGUACUCCUAUGUGGUGGCUUCCCAAUGCGGCUUUUUCAACAACAAACUGGUACCAAUGGUACCACUGUAUCAUCCAUCUCCUCCAAUUGGGACAAACGAAAGGAACUGACAUUUAAAAUGAGACAAAAUUUGCAUGUCAUAAUUACCAUAAACCGACGUACCGUAGGCCAUUACCGUAGUUUGUUCUUCGAACUGUUCCAUUUUUGUAUGCUGGUCAAUUUGGACAACUGGACCAGUGCUGACAUGCUAUCCUAUGCGUCAAUGAACUUGGCACAGCUGAAGAUGCAGCCAGAACAAAUCAGGCAUUCGGUUGGAGAUCUGAUGAAGAUCCACAAGUUAAUGAUGGAAUUGAAGUGAGUUUGGGAGGGGAAGGAAAGAACUUUCUUUACAAAACAUAAAACGGCAAAAACUUUUUUUACAAAACAAGAAAUGGCAAGAACUUUGUUUACAGAGCAAGAAAUGGGAAAAACUUUCUUUACAAAAGAUGAAAUGGCAAGAACAUUCUUUCCAAAACAAAAAAUAGCAAGAACUUUCUUUACAAAACAAAAGAUGGCAAGAACUUUCUUUACAAUACAAAAAAUGGCAAGAACUUUCUUUACAAAACAAAAAAUGGCAAGACUUUUUUUUACAGAGUUCACAUCGGCAAGAACUUUCUUUCCAUAACCUCAAAUAUCGAAAAAUAUGGAUUAUCGUAUAAAAUGUUACCAGCAGGCUGCGAAACUUUUAAAUUUACUUUUUUACCUUAGAAAUAGCAAAAACUCUCUUUACAAAAUAAAAAAUGUCAAAAACUUUCUUUCCAUAAGCUCAAAAUUAGCAAAAAUAUGAGUUAUCGUAUAAAAUGUCACCAGCAGGCUGCGAAGUGCUUAACUUUGCUUUUUUACUUUAGAAGUGGCAAGAACUUUCUUUACAAAUAAAAAAAUGGCAAGAACUUUCUUUACAAAAUAGUAAGGUGCAAAAACUUCCUUUCCAAAUUUAAAAAGAAACUAAUUUUUUCAUUUUUCAGCCCAAAAUUUGAGCACAGUGAGUUCGUAUCCUUCAUUCAAACCUACUGUCAUAUGGCGACGAGGAAAAAGGACAAACUGGACACUUUAAUGAAUAGGUAUCAAACUGGAAUCGAGAAGUUGAACAAAGCCAACGAACAAAUGAAUUACAUGCAGGAGGAGCUGGUCAGGCUACAGCCCGAAUUGGUUCGAACUUCAUUGGAAACAACGUAGGUUUGGAAAGAAUGUUUUUGUCAUUUUUUGCUUUGGAAAGAAAGUUUUUGCAAUUUUUUGUUUUGUAAAGAAAAUUUUUGCAAUUUUUUGUUUUGGAAAUAAAGUUUUUGCAAUUUUUUGAGGUUGGAAAGAAAGUUUUUGUUAUUUUUUGGUUUGGAAAUAAAGCUUUUGCCAUUUUUUGUUUUGGAAAGAAAGUUCUCGCGAUUUUUUGUUUUGGAAAGAAAAUUUUUGCAAUUUUAAUUUACGAUUUAAAAAGCUAUGAUUACAGUAUGUUGAUGAGUCAAAUUGAACGAGAGACAAUAGAAAUUGAGAAUGCGAGGGAAAUCGUGGCGGCCAAUGAGUUCAAAGCCAAUGAAGCGGCCACCAAAGCUCAGGCUUUGAAGGUAAGGUUGGAGUAGGAUAUGGCAGGGGAUAAUAGGCUAUGGUGGAGUAAACGGUAGGGCUAGGUAUUGAAGUGUAACAUAGUAUAGGGCAUGUUACGGCGGUUCAAGGCAGAGUUAUGUACAGAAAGGUAGGAUACGAUACCGCAGGGUAGUUUACGACGAGGGUACGGUGGGGUACUGUAUAUACAAAAAUUUUGGUGCGAUACGGAGUGAUUAGGUUGAACUACAGUAUGACAACUGUAAGCCUAGUGCAAAGGAUGAUGGAUCUAGAGUAGGACAGGAGCACGCAAGACGUACCGCACGGUAAAAUAAAAGAUACUGUCUUGUGGGAUGAGAUAGGGUAAGGAAGGGUAGGGUGAUGUAGGGUAGGGUACGGUACGGUAAGGUAGGGUACAGUAAUAUAAGUAUGUUUAGGUAGAAUGUGAAGCCGAAGUAGCAGAAGCCAUUCCAGCAUUAGAAGCGUCAGUAGCCGCGUUGGAAGUGUUGAGUCAACGUGAUAUUAGUAUGUUAAAGACAAUGAGGAAUCCACCAUCAGCUGUCAGGUUAUGUAUGGAAGCUGUGUGCAUUCUGUUGGGAGAACAACCAGUCAAAGUUAAGCAGGUGGGUAUUUUAGUGUUUUUGUAAAGAAAAUUCUUGCCAUUUUUUAUUUUGUAAAGAAAGUUCUUGCAAUUUUUUUGUUUUGUAAAAAAAAGUUCUUGCCAUUUUUUGUUUUGUAAAGAAAGUUUUUGCUGUUUUUUGAUUUGUAAAGAAAAUUCUUGCCAUUUUUUUUUUGUAAACAAAGUUUUUGCGUUUCCAGAACGGUAAAUCGAAGCUUGACUACUGGCCGACAGCCUUGAAGUGUCUGUCAGAUAUGCAAUUUCUCCGCCGAAUUCGACUCUUUGCUAAAGACAAGGUACCACCCAAUAUCAUGUACAUCAUCAGGAAGAACUACAUCAGUUUGGAAGAGUUCUCUCCAGCUGCUAUUCGAGCUGUAAGUCUUUUCUUACUGUAAAAGUAUACUUUUUUAGACUUCGGUAGCAGCUGAAAGUUUAUGUUUGUGGGUACGAGCCCUGGAAUCAUAUGAUACAAUAUCAAAACAAGUGGAACCGAAGAAGCAACGGCUGAAGAACGCGGAAAUGAUGGUCAAAAGUAAUAUGAAACAGCUGGAUUCGAAACGGAAGGCUCUGACUGACGUCACGGAACGCCUGCAACAUCUGAGCGACUUGUUCAGUCAACAAAGUCAGAAGAAGCAAGAACUUCAGAAUCAGAUCCAAGCCUGCGAACAACGUGUUCAACGUGCCGUUCAUUUACUCACGGCCCUCGGUGGGGAACGUUCACGUUGGGAGAAGAACAUUGUGGAUCUGGAGAACGAGCUUCAGGUCUAUCGCAGAACAAUGUUGAUCGCGGCUGCUAUGAUAACAUACUUGGGUAAUGUUGAAGAUACGAUGAGAAAGAAGGCGAUCAGUUUGACUGCAGCUGCUGUGCGAUACGAGAAGGCGUUCACGAUGAGAGUGAUUCUGGAUCAUACUUCGAUUUUGUAUGAUGAAAAGGUAGGGGCGGGGGGUAGGGUAGGGUUGGGCAGGGUAUUGUAAGGCAUCGUAGAGUAUAAUGCAUUCAAUACUGUAGAACAGGGCAGGGUACUAUAAGCUAAAUUAUCUUAAAUCUGAGACUAGGAUACUGCACGUGUUAAGCAGGAUGAAGGCAAGGUGUUGAAGUGUAGGCAUGAUAAAAGGAGUGAAGGUAAUGGCAGGGCACUUUAGAUAGCAUAAAAGGCUAGGAUACUGUAAAGUAGGGAAACAUGUGACCGGUGUACUGUAGGUACAGGAAAGUUAAAAAGGGGGUACGGUAUGGUAAAGGUAGGGUAGGGUAGGAUAUAUAUGAUAGGAUAGGAUGCAGUAGAAAAGAGUAGAAUAUGGUAGGGUGAUGUGAAAUACGAAAUGUCUCUUUUGUAGUAUCAAUUUUCAGAAAGAAAAGCUGGUCGAAAACUACACAAUUAUCGAUUAUUCUCGAAAACCGCCAUUCAUAAUCGAUCCUCAUGGUGAAUCACAUCGGAUGUUACCUCGAUUACUCGGUGAUAACAUGAUGAUUGUCGACCUGAUCAAGCCCGACGUAGCCGAAGGCAUAAAAGUGGCAAUCGAGCAGGGAAAAACAUUGAUUUUGGAUAAUGUCAGUGCUCCACCACCAUUAUGUGUCACUCAGGUUGUUAAGCCUAAGUUUGUUUUUGAUGAACAAAAAAAGGUAAGUUUAGGCUUAUAUUUGGGUAAGGGUUGUUUUUCGUGGUUUGUAAAAUACGUUUUUUCAUUUUGGUCAGUAAAUUUUUAGGGUGGGGUAAACUUUUAUAUUGAGUGGUAACUUUUUUUUACCCCGCCUUUUGAAACUUAUGUUUCAUGCUAAAAGUGUUUUUUUGAUUUAAUACUUACAAAUUUUACAGGGCGUGGUAAAUUUCUAUUUUUCAAAUUUCGAAAUUUUUUAGGGGUGGGGUGUAAAAAAUUUCUUUGCCGUACCUAAAGAAAAAAUUUUAUUUUUUAGUUAAAAUUACUUGUUUUGUUUCAGUACUUACAAGUAGAAAGCCACCUCCUCGAAUGUCACCCCCAAUUUCGAGUUUAUUUGCGCUCCGAUCGUUUGGACAAAUUCACAGUGGAUUUUUUGAAAAAUGUAAGUUUAGGUGUGUAAAAUACGUGCUAUUUAUGUGAGUGUAACAUAGAUAUUUUUUUUAUGUUUUGGUUUUUAGAUUUAAUUAGUUUUAAGUCAAUUAAGCCACGUUAGACAGAAUGCCAAGCUUGGCGGGAAAAAAUAAAUUUGAAAUUUUUUAUAUUUUUUGAAAAAUGUAAGUUUUGAUGUGUAAAAUACGGAUUUUUUUUCUUUUGUUUUUUCAAGUUUUAAGUCAAAUAAGCAACGUUAAACAGGAUGCCACCGCUCCCCAAACCGCAAAAUCAAUCAAAAUAUAGAUUCGUUAUCGAUCGUCUUUUCCGAUAAUUUGUGACUUUUUCUUUAUUGCGGCCGCUUUUUUAUUUUUUUGUCGUGUUUUCGGCUGUAAUAGGGUCCAAACUCGACGGAUUUUCAUCGGUUUUGUUCCCAGAGAAGCGGAAAAAUAUAGUUAAUAUUUUAAACUAAAUUUAAAACCAUGUCUUACAACAUAUAAAUCGUGUAAUUUAAAAUAUAUUUUACAACAUUUUUCUAUUUUUAAUUAUUCGAAUCAAUCGUGGAGGCGACGAAAUGUCUACAAUCGAUUUUUUCAUAAUUUUCUAUUUUUGGGGAGCCGUGGAUGCCAAUUUCACCGGGAAAAAAAUUUAAAUUUUUCUAUUUAACUUUUUUGAAACAUUUAAGUUUAUUUACGCAAAAUACGUUUUCCAUUUUUCUUAAUAAGAUUAUCUUUCUUAUUAUUUUCAAGUUAUAAGUCAAGUAAGCAACGUUAAACAGAGUGUCAAUUUUGGCGGGAAAAAUGAAAUUUGAAAUUUUUUCUUUAAAGUUUCUGAUGAAUUUAGAACACGCAGGCCUUAAAAUUGAAAAAAAGGUUGUAUUUUAUUUAUUCAAUGAUAUGUAUGACGAAUAAAACUUUUGCAAAAGCUUUUGAUUUUAAUAAAAAAUGGCAUUUAAUGAAAUUUUCAAAUUUGGCGGGAAAAAUGAAAUUCAAAAAAUUUUUCGACGGAUUUGUUUAAACCAAACUUUAAAAGUGUUAAAACUUAGUUUUCAAGCUUGAUGUCAGAUUUAUAAUUGUUGGUUUUACUAAAUUUUGAUAAAAAAUUAAUUUGAAAAUUUUGGCGGGAAAACUGGAAUUCAAAUUUAUUUUUCGAGUUUUUGUGUUUUUAUUAAAAUUUUUUAAGAUUUCUGGAUGACUUUUUAUUAUAAAUGACAUUUUUAAUUUUUUUAAUUGAAAUUAGGACUAUUUUUUUGUAUUUUAGGUAAUAAAAAUAAAAGAUAUGUUGUUUUAGGUUUCAAAAAUGGCAAAAUUUUUGAUUUUUUGGCUUGUAAAACCUUGUAGAAUUGACAUUUUAAGUAUUAUUACUAGAUAAUCAAUCUAUAAGCCAAAUUUAUUCAUGUAUUUCUUAAAGUAGUCUAGAUAAAGCUGCUCAUCUUUAAGUUUUUUUUUACAAAUUUUUAGGUAACAGUAGUGAACGUCUCACUGGGCCGCAACGUGAUUCAAGAGAACGUUAUGAACCUCUUUCUCAGCGUUAAUUUGGAAGAGAUGACACAGAAGCGAGACGAACUCAGCGACGAAAAAACGUCAUUUUUAAUCCAACUAGACGCCCUGGAGGAGAAGAUAAUGGACGUGCUGGGCAAAUCCAAGGACCUGGACAACGACCGUGUGAUGGACAUGUUGGGCGGGGUUCGUGAGCUGAGUCAGAGCUACGAAUCGCGGAGUUUCGAGCUGAAUGCCCUCGAGGAAAAGUUGGAAAAAUUGAGUAAAAAGUUCAAAGAACUGGCCAUCUUUGCCUCGAGGCUGAUCUUUAUCAGCAUGAACUUGAGCAAGCUGUCGCCGUUCUACUUGAGAACGUUGAAGUUCUACUUUCAAGUGUUUAAGGAGGCAGUUCAAGCUGAUUCUGCCACUUUGAAUGAAGGGAGGGUUGAGGAUGUGAAGGCGAAGGUGUUGAAGGCUUUUAAUGAAAAGAUUACCAACUCAUUGUUUGCUCAACACCGUGCUGUCUUUGAGUUUUUAACCAAGAAUGAUGUUGGUUACAAGGAGUAAGUUAUAUUGUACUUACUUUACUGAUAAAAUUUUGUUUUUUGAUAACUUGUCACUUUUUUACAUUUUGGACGUUUUUAAAAGAAGAGCUGACAUAAAAUCAAGUUUUUAUGAUAUUUUAGGCUCAAAAAUUAUUUUUUUUAAACUUUUUUUUGUUUUUAAAUGAUGGCGACAUGUUUCAUCGUAUAACAUGUCACUUUUUUCAUAUUUUGAUAUAUUUAAUGAUUUUAAUUUUAAAAAAUGGCAAAUAGAUUGGCUUUUAUGACAUUUCAAACCAAGGAAGUACAUUUUUAUGACAUAGUUUUCUCGUCGAUGAGACGGGACAUGUUUCAUCGUAUAACUUGUCAGUUUUAUAAAAAAUUGUUGUAAUUGGUCGAUUUUUGGAAAAAUUUUUUAAAAAUGACUUAAGGUAGAUAAAAAAAUGCUUUUUAAAAUUUUUUUAAUUGAAAAAUGCAAAAACUUUCUUUACAAAACUUAAAAUGGCAAAAACUUUCUUUACAAAACAAGAAAUCGCAAGAACUUUCUUUACAAAUCAAAAAAAGGCAAGAACUUUCUUUACAAAAUAAACAAUGGCAAGAACGUCCUUUUCAAAACUAAAAAACGCAAUAACUUUCUUUCCAGCCUUCAAAAAAUGUCGGAAAAAGACUUCAUUCAACAAUAUACCAAACACAUGGAGCCCACCGAUCUAAACCUCCGUCAAACAAUAAUCGACCAUGAUUCGAGAAUACCCAUAGCCAUUUUACUGAACGCUCAAUCGACGUAUGUCGUGAGGAACCUGUACACAAUAUCAAGACAGGUUGAGAGGAUCGAACCCAAGAACUCGAUGGAUCCGAAUCAUAACCCGACCAGGAUUCAGAUGGCUCCAGUCGAGAAUCUCAAGACUUUUGAUUGGAGGAAUUGCUUGAUCGACGAUCAGUGGCUCAUGGUUCAGGUAGAGUGCGGUAGGGUAGAGUAGGGUGCGGUAGGGUAGGGUAGGGUAGGGUAGGGUAGGGUAUGGUAGGGUAGGGUAGGGUAGGGUAGGGUAGGGUAGGGUAGGGUAUGGUAGGGUAGGGUAGGGUAGGGUAGGGUAGGGUAGGGUAGGGUAGGGUAGGGUAGGGUAGGGUAGGGUAGGGUAGGGUAUGGUAGGGUAGGGUAGGGUAGGGUAGGGUAGGGUAGGGUAGGGUAGGGUAGGGAAGGGUAAGAUGGGUAGAGAAAGAAUGAAGAAAAAUUUAAAAAAUUUUACUUUCAAAAACAAUUGUGUUGGGAUCCACAUUGAUGUUAUUUGAAUUAAAAAGGCUUUGUAACGCAAAAUGUAAGGUUUGAAACAUUCGCUGUGGGACCGAAAAUCAACUUUUAUAUAUUGAAUGAGACUGAAAAGGUUAAAAUGAGGACUUUCAAACAAUCGCGGUGAGACACAAAUUAAUAUUUUAAUCACGAGUAGAGUAGGGUAGUUCAUGGUCGGAGUCCGGUAUGUUACUGUGGCUUUUGGUCAGAUAUUGUAGUGAUUAGGUUGAGCUACAGAAUUCGUACCGUAAGCUGUAGGAAUUGAACGAUAAGACUAGAGGAGAAAGGAGGCAAAAUUAGGUGCAAUGGUUAGCGUACAGUAAUGUAAAGCAUACUGUAUUGUGAGAUGGGUUAGGAUGAGGUAGGGUAGAGCAGGAUAGAGUAGGAUAUAGUAGGGUAGAGUAGGGUAGGAUACGAUAGGGUAGAGUAGGGUAGGGUAGGAUACGAUAGGGUAGGGUACGGUAAUCUAAUUUCAUGUCUUGUAAACAAAUUUUUUGCAAUUCUACUACUUUAGAACUGCCAACACCUGGAUGGAGACCAAAUCAUAGCCCUAGAAGCCCUGAUCGACCUAAUUGCGAACGCUGAGGAACGACGAGAAACGUUCCGAAUGUUCUUGAUUAUUUAUCCGGAGAAGGGUGAGGCUCAACAUUCAUUGAUGGGAAAAUGUAAGGUAAUUACAUUGGACGAUGACUACAGUCUGAAAGGGUUUCUACAGUACUGUUACUCUACCAUAUCACCGAGUUGGUUGCAUGAUCAGUUGGAUACGGUAGAUUUCUAUAUUUUUUGAGUUGUAAAGAAAGUUCUUGCCAUUUUUUGGUUUGUAAAGAAAGUUUUUGCAAUUUUUGUUUGUAAAGAAAGUUUUUGCCAUUUUUAGUUUUGUAAAGAAAGUUCAUGCCAAUUUUGUUUUGUAAAGAAAGUUUUUGCACUAUUUUUCAAUCUUUAGGCCCAAAGACGUGAAAUGCUUUACCGACUGUGCUGCUUUCAUUACUGUAUUGUAGAACGCUGUAAAUAUGGCAUUUUUGGAUGGAUCACUGACUUUACGGUUUCUACUGUCAAUUUUGAAAGUGCUGCUAAUUUGUUUAAGGUAAGUUGUUUUUACACUUAUUCGUACCCUUAGCUCUAAAAAUCGACCUUUUAUUCGCUAAUAAAAAGUUUAUGUUGGGUCCCACCACGAUUGCCUGAAAGUUUAAAUUUUUGCAUUUUAGGGUUUUUCAAUAUUAAAAAAUUGCAUUUUGGUCAUAUCACGAUUGUUUUUGAAAGUAAAAUUUUUCUUUCACUAGGUUUUUUUAACAAACAAAAUUAUAUUUUGGUCCCAACACGAUUGUUUGCAUAUUUAAUAUAUUGCUUUUUUAAACUUUUUUAUAUAAAUUUGGUCCCACCACGAUUGAUUUCAAACUUAAAUUUUAGAUUUUUAUUAACCUUUUUUGAUAAAAAAUUGAAUUGUGGUCCCACCACGAUUGUUUCUAACCCCCUAAAACCUUGCUUUCCAGGACCUCUGUGACCGUUGGUCGGAAAUCACGUUCAACUCCCUCUGUUCCAACGUUCUCGAAAUUGCUUAUCUUGCCGAUAUGACAGACAAAUAUGACCUUCUAGUCUUCCGCACCAUCGCUCAAUGGAUCUUUGCCGGCCUUAACAAGCACGACAACGCCACAAUCGACAACCUCCACCUAAAGACCUACAACUCAACAGCCCAUGGCAUCUUGGACCAGGUAAAGAAGAACCUAUUCCCACGAGAUACGGUAAUGUCAGGCCUAAAUGACAUAGUAAUCAGAGCCACAAAGAAGCGACAAGUCGUGGCUGUAAAGAAAGUUAUUGUGGAAAUGUUGCACGAAGACGAAGAUAAUGUAUAUGAAGUGGAAGAAGAGGUGGAAGAGGAUGGUAAAGAGUAUGUAUACGCUGUGACCAGUAGUAACGAAGAAGAAGUGGCAUCUGGAGUCGAAUAUUGUGUUAGGAAUGAGAUCAGAGCUAUUGAAGAGGCUGGCAUUGCUUCGAAACGGUGGGUUUGACUGUGGAUAUAUGGGGUUUUACUGUGGAUACAGGUUGCUUUACUAAGACUACAUUGGGUUUUAAUGUGAAUAUCAUUGCGUUAAACUGUGAAUAUAAUGACAUGUUUACUGCUUAUGAUAAAAGUAGUCUUUUAACACUUGAAAAGCAAAAUAGUACCAGUAGUACCAAUUUUGUACCAGUAGUACCAAUUUGUAAAAAAUUUUUUAAAUUGUAAUUUUUUGUUGGAAAAUACCUAAAAAAAUUAUUUUUUCUUGUUUUAAAAGUAGUAUUGGCACUGUGAUACCAGUGAUACCACUUGGUACCAGUAGUACCAUUUUGCUAAAAUUUCAAAAUAUGUAAUUUUUGUUUAAAAAAUACAGAAAAAAUAACUUUAUUUGUAUUUUAGUACCAGUAGUACCACUUUGGUACCACUAGUAUUAUUUGACGAAUUUUGGUAAAAUUUUACAAAAAUUUUAAUAAAAAUGUGAUAGAAUACUUUUUUGACCUUAAAAGUACUAAAAAAUGAAAAAAAAAACGGUAAAAAGGAUAAAAAAAUUGAAGUUUUACCAAUAGCACAGUAAAAAUUCAUAAAAAUAUUUUUUUAGGUUAGCUUACCUAAAAUCGCUGUUAGAGCAAAGCGAAGGCAUACAGCGAGUCGAAAUUCGACAUUUCCAACGGCCUCAAGCCAUUUUAGAACAACUAAAACAAGAUUAUGCGAAAAGGCAGAAGUUGCCACUGGAUGAGGUAGGUAAAAUACGUCUCUUCCAGCUUUCAGGGUAUGAAAUUUCAAUUUUAUUCUUAACACAAUUGUUUUUAAACUCACAAGGAAGGUACCCGACCUGCAACGCUCAGAUUUCGUUCAAACUUUUUUUAUUGAAAGGUCGCGUAAGUGUAAGAUGUUAUGCAAAAUUCUAACUUGCGGUUUGCGGGCAGUCUUGAGAAAAUCGAGGUAAAAAAUUGCGUUUUGAAUAAAUUGGCAUAGCGUUUCAAGCUUUUAACUUUGUCAUUUUUUGACUUUUAGCUAUUUCUUUACCAUAGUGAUAGAAAAGCUUCAGAUGAACCUGCAAUUUUAAAUUUGUAAGCCUAUCUUUUCUGGAACACCAAAAAAAGUGCUUGCAACACAAUGCCAAAUUGGCGGGAAAUUUAAAUAUAUUAAUUUUUAAACUUAAAACUGCAAACUAAGAUUUUUAUAUGUGCUACUGGUACUACAAGGAAUCUGUAUAAAAAUUUUGAGCUAAUUGUGAGAGUUGCAGGUUGGGUACUUUUGUUGUCAAUUGUUUUGUCCCCCCCCCCCCUACCACUACUAAUACUCAUAAUCUUGUACCAACCCCACCAUCUUCGUAUCUUUGCUCUUUCCAUUGUACUUUUAUCUGCACUAAGCACGUGGUUUAGUCACGCCUAAUAGCUUGCCCAUGCUUUACCCACGCCCAACAUCAAAAAAACUUUAAAAAAGAAACAAAAUUGUAGCUACUGGUCUACGGCACGCUACGAACCCCGGUAACCGUAGACUUUGUCGAAUUCGCUGGCUGCUACAUCUUCGGCGCUGGCUAUGACAAAGACUAUAACUGUCUACAAGAAGCGCGCAAACCCAUCCAACCGGUCGAUUCGGUUUAUGUUUUGGUCAAACGAAAAAACUUGCAAAUUAAAGCCGAAACCCUGAGGGUACCCUUGUACUAUAAACAGCUUAAUGCUGGCUUCGCACAUUUGUUGGAUGUUGAGAUUGAGAGUAAUAUACCGCCGAAUCACUGGCUGUUGAGAGGUGUCAAGUUAUGCACUACUAGUCCGAUUAAAAUGGAAAUGGAGGAGGAAUAA